AUGGAGUUGUUUCGUUGCGUUUUUAUAGUAAGUGUGUAGCAGAUUUUUUUCUCCUUCGUUUGACAUUUUUCAAGUUAGGUAAACUUUGAAAAUGCUUAAAGUAAUCGGUUUCGGAUGCAUCAAAUUUUCUGGGUUGGUUUUACCUUGGUUUCUUUGUAGCUGCUUUAUUAUUGCUUACGAAGGGUAAUUGCUUUUAGAGGAUAAUUUUAGUGCUAGCGCUGCUAUUGAUGAUGGGUAAUUCGGAACAGAUACUUUUGAAAAACUCUUAACAGAUAAAAUAUACGUUUUAAUGUUCUUUCUGUAUUCGCAGUUUCUUGUGGCGUUCUCGUCUGCUGUGAAGGUCCAAUCCAGAAAGGUUAGUUUAAGUUACGCCGGUCCCUGCCAAUUUAAGAGCGACAACUAUUUGCGGGCAGACUACUCUGCGACCAAGAGCUCGCUUAAUAGUUCCCAAUGCGAGGCCAGAGCCGAUGGUUCAAGUAAGGGUGAGUCAAAAGUGAAAACUAUUUUGAAAUAAAUCUAAUUAGUCUCGGUUAAGCGAAGGAGCAAAGCAAUCAAGAGAUUAACGUGAGUAUAACUGAGUAUAUGUAUUCCAGUACAAAAGCGAUAACACUGUGAAUAUGGAAAUUUAUCAUUUAUUUCAAAUGUCAAUUUUUUAAAAAAAGUUGUUUAAUAUUACCUGCAAAUAGCUACCGAGCUAAUCGAGGCUGGUGACUAGAAAAAGUAAACGGAAGGAGUUUUGUUCGUAAAAAUCACGCCAUGACAAGUUGCUAUAAGUAAUAAAGUUACACUGUGGGCAUUCAUUAGUUAAUUUUGAUCUUAUUAGGUUUAAAAAUACUUUUUUAGGAUAAAAUUAAAACAAGGUAAAAUAAAUAGAGAAUAAUACAUGGUCGCGCGGAGAUAUGGAAUUUAUCUUCGAGUGUUCACAUCGAUAUCGAACGAGUGAGCGCAGAGAACGAGUGAGAUAUCGAAUGUGAACACGAGAAGAUAAAUUCCAUAUCUCCAAGCGUCCAUGUAUUAUUCUGUUUAUUAUAUAAACAAGAAUCAGCCAUUCCAUAAACCAAAGCCAUGCCAUAUAGUCGAGAACCCGAUAAAUGUAAUUCAUUGUUUAAAAUACUCCAGUGUAAACUCGGAGCUCUACAAAGUACAGUAAAAAAUAAAUACAAAUAUUAAAAAUGUCCAGUAUCUUGUUCAAAAUAUAAAAGACAAGAUAAUGGUUAAAAUGUUCUCAAACUAUCAAAUAUCAAUAAUUUCACAUGUAAAAAUAUCGUAUUUUUACGUGUGUUCAGAUACCACAUUUCUCGGUGGUAGAAAUCCUUGUAAAACACGGCAGUUUAUAUAAUAAAAUAGUUUAAAAGAAAUGGCGAGAAGAAAGCUUGCAAGGUUUAAAUGUAUCUCUUAUGAUUGAUAAUUACGGUAAUUUAAAUUGAUUUACGUGUUGAAGAAUGGUGGAUCGAUGGGUCAAGAUAUGCGUGUUUGGUCUUUAGAUCUUAAUGAGGGACUCAUGUACUUGAGUUUUGAAAUUAUUAGUGAUGUUAAAGUUGUUUUAGAUGUUUUGGUAAGACAUUUUACGCUUUAGCCGUGUAGUAUAUGUUUUGAAUUGGCAUAUCGAAUUAGAGGUUGAUAUAGCAUAAUGGAAACUUAAAGGCCGAUUGCUUUUUACAAACCUAAGGAUAGUAUAAUCACUUUUUGUAGAUAAAAAAUGUAUCAGCCAUAAUACAAUCGUGCUGGUAGCCGGAUAUGUUGAGUAAAUUAUAACGUAGGCUUGUGGCAGAUCAGACGCAAAGGAAAUAUAAAACGUCUGUACUCAAGCCAAAAUGGGCGUGGAGUUGGCAGGGAAACACAGCGGCAAAUGAGAUUGCCAUGGCGCUUUCCGGUUGCCGAUCUGCCAUCGGUCAAUUCGGUGCUAAGAUUUGCGCGCCAAUUCGUCGCUCUCCCCAUGCUGUCACGAUCUCAGUCAUGCGCAGAAGAAAAAUAGAGAAGGAACUUGUUUGAUCAAGUCUCCGUCCACACGGAUCUUGAUAGUUUUGAAAACUGAAAACUUUUUUUCCUUCGUUUAAGGCAUUCCAGCACCAAAAAUGCAGGUUUUCGAAAAACGGUCCUCAGAGUGGAGUUUUUUCUUGCAAACGUUGGCUUGUUAGAGACCUUAGUGAGUUUACGCAAUAGGACGGCAGGAAGAAGAGGCUGCAAAAUGCUCGUGUGUGACAAACGUGACAGGCUAUUACUUGCGUGUUUUGUCGUAAUCUUCACUUAGCAAUUUAUGUUUUCGGGUCUUUUACAAAAAGAUCAGUUUAAAGGAAAGUGAAGUUUGGCGAAAAGCUAUUUCAAAACAAAAUUAUUGUCACGCUUCAGUGCCACACAAGGUUUGCCGUCUUCUUACCUCUCCCGUCCUGCUGUGUAAGUUCACUCUUAAGAUACGAGGACGGCGACGGCAGGUAAAACGUCGGUUUAAAAGUGAACUCGCGAUUUUUCAAUCUUCAUCGAGUUUAUUCCAUUUCGCUUGCAAGCUUUGUCGAAUGUACGUGACAUCUCUUGGAGUUGAAUUCCUAAGAGCCUUAUCCAAGUUAAGAAAGAGAAAGAAAAUUUCGUCGUUGCUUGUUUUAGGUGCAUGAUGUUACACGAGACGAUUCGCAACGACGAUUUUCACGAUUGUUAGCGCAACACAGGGUUCAAAUGUUGGAACAACGCUGCAGCCUUUCGAAACGACGUCGCAACAAUGUUUUAACGCUGUACGUGUUGCGCUAAAAAUCGUCCCACGUAAAAUCACUUUUACGUCCUCUAUAAAACAUGAAAUAAGGCUUUUUUCAAGUGGUAGUCUUAGAAGAACGGCAAAGAAUUGUACAAAAAGGUGUGAUACACGUGCAAUAUUGUUGUUUUGCUUUUCAAACCUAUUGCUCUUAUGACGUUCUCCAUGUCGCCAUCUCAUCUUAAGGUCCCCAUUGCUUUUGUGACAUGUUGCUAUCAUACACCAUCCAGCAUAAAAGAACGAGCAGAUUGCCUUUUGUCAUAUAGUAUAUCCUCUGUAAAGGACGUUAUCGUGUUUCCAUCGUUUCAUAUUUUUGCUCUUGUGGACGGGCAAAAGAGGACUCGAAUACUCUACGUGUGGACGCGUUUUUAAAAAAGGGGGGAAUCUCUGGUUAGGUGUGGAAGAGGGCUAAAUAUAUAUUAUGUAUAAAUUUGUAUGGUUUAUUUUACGUAUUUUAACAACAGAUUAAUAACAUAUCCAAAAAUAUAUAUGUUUAAUUUUUUUAUUGCUAACAGUUUGCGAUCACUACCGUUUAGGAUUGUUUUUUUUUUUUGCCUCUUUCUUUAGUUACUGCGUACAUUGUUGUAAUUAAUUACCAACCGUAAAGCUUUAUCACCGUCACAUUAAUUUAAACAUUUCUUUUGCAGGAAAUGCCGAAUCAAGAUUUCAGCUUUUAGAAAUAAAGGAAACCAAAAAUAAAUGUAUUCAGUUUACCCAUCUGGAUACUGGUGCAAAGUAUGCGCUCAAGGUGGUGAAUCAAAGUAGAGUAGUGUUUGAGGUGUGUUGACAUCACAAUCGUAUGCAGCGUACUAGAGUACAGUUAAAUCUUCAUCCAGGGAAUACCCGAAAAAGUUUUAUACGGGGAGGCUCCACUUCCUAGCCCAACCCCUUUCACAUACCAUUUUUGAGGGAAAAGAUACCCCUUUCGUAUCAUGGUACCCCUUUCACAUACCUGUAGUUUAGAACUUUGCUUCCCUUUUAACUGCUGUAAAUGCACCCUCUUUAAAGUAUAUGAAACAAUCACAAAACCAGAACGUUUUCUCGACUUUUCUCACAGCCACAAAAAGCAUCUUGUAGCCCUUUCAGGCCUUUUUACCGUUUGUAACUACAGAUUUACCUAGCCUUUCAUUUAUCUAAAGCCUGAAAAAGCUAUCACUUUUUUGGGGGAAUUUGGGCCAUUAUAGGGAGUACUCUCCCGGAACCUCCAAUAAGCGGCCACCCUCGGGGUACCGGCAGUUGGCCGCUUAAUGUGGAUUGUUCACUCAAUAAAGGUUUGUCAUAAAUUAUAAUAACCUUUAGCAGAAACAUACUUUAUUUUGAAACAAACACGGGACGGGAGCGGCAUUAUUGGUCUAAAAUCAUUCGUCACAUUUUAUGUCGGACUGUAUUUUACUUCAUUAUAUUUUCAAAAUGAAGCCAAACUAAGAUUGGCUGGCCGCUUAUGGAAGUCAGUAAUGGGAGGGUGGUUGAUAAACUAGUGGCCUCUUAAUGGGAGUUAACUGUACUUAAUGUAGAGAUGAUACUUAACAUUUUUGAAGGUACUUAAUAUAAAAGUAAUUCCGCGUUCUAUAACAUGUGAUAACUACCGAGAAGGAAUAACAUAGAAUCUAGGCAGAAAUAUGGAACAAUGACCAAGAAUAUAACUUUAAAUAAGGGGAAAAUGGUAAGCCCACAGUACGAAACCCCGGGGUACUCAACAAAGUUUUAUACGGUUGGCUCCGCCCCUUCAUCUACACUAUACACAUAUUCAUAUAUACCAUUUUUAAACGAAAAGGUAUGAAUGAAUGAAUGAAUGAAUGAAUGAUUUAUUUAAUUUCGAAGACGUGGGAAGUGUUUAUACAAUCUUCCGAGCCAGAAGCUCAUGUUAAAAACGCUCGACAAACUAAAAAAUACAAAACAGGGUAAAAAGUGAAUUAUGUAUAUACAAAUAUUAAGAAAAACCUAAAAACAUCGUAAUUUUGGGAAAAUUUUUUUAAGAAACUAUUUUCUGGAAAAAAAAAAACACUAAAAAAAACCUAAGAACAAGCAUUAUUAAAAAUAGUUUAAAACGGACUAAAAAUCAUUAUAAACUGAUUAAAAUAUUAAAAAAUAUAAUUAUACCAGUAUAAUUAUAUAUGUAUAUAAACUAGCCCAAGAGUAUGUAAAAUGUAAAAAUAGAUAAAGUUAUAUACGGUUCAUACAUUGGCACCCUGUGAAAUUGACAUUAUUAAGGCGAGCACGAAAUUGCGCUAAAGUGCUCGAGGAUUCGGUUACAGUUGGUAAUUGAUUCCAUAUGUGGGCAAUCAUGUGUAAAUAAGAGUUGUGCAUGACAAGGCUGUUAUAUGGAGGCUGCACAACAUUUAAUCCACUGUCUCGUAGAUUGUAUUUAGUUAGCCGAGGUGUAAAAAAUUUGGAAAUAUAAUUAGGGCCAUCUAGUUUAAAACAUUUAAAAAAUAAGAUAAGCGAUUGCGGGGUACGUCUUUGCUCAAGCUUGUCCAUAUGAGCCAUUGCUAGGCAAAAGUCAUAGGUAGCCGAAUUACCUAAAUUCAGUAUUGUCUUGAUCGCAUAAUGAUUGGUACGUUCGAUGUUAUUUUUCAAGACUUUAGAUAUGCUCAGAGGUAGUGGGCAACAGUAUUCUAAAUGCGGUAACACGUAGGCUUUAUAAAGGGAAAUGAUAACGUCCGAAGGAACUAAGCGCUUAAUCCUCCGUAGUGCGGCUAUCUUAGCAUACGUUUUUGUCAGCAUGAUUGCCACGUGGGCCUUGAAAGACAAAUCUCGAUCCAAUGUAACGCCAAGAAUAUUGAGAGUUGGGUCAAUUUCGAUGGACUUAUCACCAAUAAAAAGAUUAUAUGGGUACUGAGAUUUCCCCAGUGUCAUUGCCUGAGUUUUGGUAGCGUUUACUUGCAGGUAAUUCGCACUGAACCAAAGGGUUAAUCUCUCUAUAUCUUGAUUCAGUGUAGAUUCUAGUGUGCAGGGGCUCUCAUGGGCUAUAUAUUGCGUUGUGUCAUCAGCAUACAGACGUAGGGAGGAACAUCCAGCUGAGUAAUUGACAUCAUUCACAAAGAUAUUGAAAAAAAGCGGACCUGGAAGACUCUCUUGCGGUACUCAACAGCGAAGAGGCAGCCAGUCUGACACCUUCCCGUUACAUUUUACUCGUUGAAAGCGGCCUGAUAGAUAUGACUGAAUCAGUUUCAUAGCUGAAUCUUGAACGCCGUAAGCUUUCAGUUUUGCUAGUAAUAAAUUAUGACAAAUCGAGUCAAAUGCUUUGGGUAGGUCAAUAGCGAUCACCGCCACAUCCUUUUUAUUGUCAAGAGCCUGGCGCCAAUCAUCAGUUAACUUUAAUAAAGCGGAACAACAAGAAUGCCCACGCAGGAACCCUGACAUAUUAUCCGAAAAGACUGGUGUGAAUAUGCUGUAUAAUUGAUCAAAUUGUAGUUUCUCAAACACCUUGGGUAUAACUGAUAAGACACUAAUAGGGCGAUAAUUCGUCUUAGAUGUUUCGUCGUCUUUCUUAUGAACAGGGGUGACGUUAAGUUUCCAUUGACAUGGCCACUCGCCUACAUCAAUACAAUAAUUAAAAAGUUUAGUCAUAGGUCCAGCUAAAUUACUGGAGGGCAAUUUUAAGCAGCUUGGGUGGUAUUCCGUAGCCAAAACAGGCUUCCGAACUUUUAGAUUAGAGAAAUUUCAAAUCGGGCCAUACUAACUGGAUGAGAAUUUUUAAUUUUGGGUGCCUUCGUCUUAAUAUUGACAACACUAGCGUGGAUAAAAGUUCAUCCACGGAAAAGGUGGGGCGGACUCAUUAAUUGUUGGAGACGUAAAAUAUGAAUAAAAUACAAAACCAGAACGUAUUCUCGACUUCUCACGGCCAUAAAAUUCAUCUAGUAGCCCUUGGGUCUUUUUACCGACCAAAUAACACAUUUCCCUGUCCUUUCAUAUACUUCAAUAAGUGAAAUCCUAGAGCUGAUCCUACUCUAUCAUAUACCUGAACCUGAAAAAAAAAUUAAUAAAAAUACCUGAAGCCUGGAAAAGGCCCAAGCCUUUCGGGCGGAGCCUCCCCGGAAAAGAUGACAUUUCCAUUUCGAUUUGUUUGAACACUUUAUAUAUUCCUGUUUACAUAAUCAAUUUUGUUUACAGAGGUAUCAAGGAUGUAGUGUCACCACACCCGAGGAGUUCCUGUUUGUACAAGAGCUUAGAGAAGAGGGCGACUAUAGAUAUUUUCGGUACAAACCGGUCGACAACCCAUCCAUGUGCCUUGGCAAAGAUAUCAACUGUAAUUCCCCUGAGAAACUAUUUCUUGUCGAGAGUGGAAGCAGUGCUGCAGACAAAGUUCAAAGGCGUUGCCUAUUUAAACGACAUUUUCAUUAA